AUGAAUGUCUCUGCUCACAUAGCCAAUCGCAGGUAUGCAGCAGACCCGUCGUUCAACCUGCGCUGGCAACGACCAGUGCCCAUCGAAUGGAGCAACAACUUCACCAGCAACACCGUCUACAAUGCGACGACGAUCGGGCCGGCAUGCUAUCAAUCACUGCCGCAAUCCCUCUACCUACCGUACAACGAGUCCUUCGCAGACACUCCGCAAGGCGUAUCAGAGAACUGCCUGACCGUCGAUGUCCUGGUCCCAACUCAUCCUGUCUCGACACGGCUUCCCGUCAUGGUGCAGAUUCAUGGCGGCGGCUACACCAGCGGCAGCGCACAGAGCUAUCCGGGUGAUGGCAUGGUUAAUGCGUCGGACGGCAACAUCAUCUAUGUGUCGAUGCAGUAUCGCCUUGGGCUGUUUGGCUUCUUGAGCGGAUCUCAGAUCAAGCUUGAUGGUGUAUUGAAUGCAGGACUGUUGGAUCAGAGGGCAGCUCUGGACUGGGUGCAGCGCAAUAUCGCCUCAUUCGGCGGCGAUCCUGCCAAAGUCACAAUCUGGGGCGGUUCUGCCGGCGGAGGCUCUGUUACCUACCAACUCAUAGCCGGCGGCGCUUUCGACUUGCCUCCAUUCUCUGGAGCCAUCGCCGAGUACCCAUGGUGGCAGCCCUUACUCAAUCAAUCGGAACAGGAGUUUCAGUACUACAACGCGUUGCAGAUCUCCGGCUGCUCUUCCGUCACUUGUCUGCGAGGACUGUCAGCGAGCUCGCUCGAAAACCUCAAUCAAGCAGUUCAAAACGCCUCGUACCCUGGUCCUGGCGUGGGCUACGGAGUCUACGACUUUGGACCGGUGGUGGAUGGUCAAUUCAUCAAGGAACUACCUGGAGUUGCCUUCCAAUUGGGUCAUUUCUACGAUGUUCCGCUCAUGGUCGACCACGACGCAUUCGAAGGCGACAUCUUCUCGAACAAGUCUCAGACAACACAGGUGGAAGAAACGACCGAUGCAGAAGACCUCUUCCCGUUCGCUGGCCCGGCCUUUUUCUCGCGCCUUUACCAGCUGUAUCCGCGCUCGGCAUACAAUUCCACCUUCUUCCAGCGGCAGACGUGGUUUGGCGACUUCAUCAUCUCGUGCCCAACGUAUUACAUGGCGUUCAACGCCGUCGAUCGCAACACGAACAGAUCGGCAGUGUUCAAGCUCACAUUCGCCGCCGGCUCAGAACUGCAUGGAGCCACCGCUCCUUUCCUCGCCUCCAACGAGACCGGGUUCCCGAGCGCCAACAACCACACUCUCGCCGAAAUCAUGAGCUCGUACUGGAUUUCAUUCGCGGUCACCGGCGAUCCGAAUCCCCUGAGGAACAGCAACGCUACGUAUUGGCCCUCGUAUACCGCCAAUGGAACUGGGAAUGCCGCGAAUGGAGAGUCGGUCGGGUUUGAAACUCUCGCCGUCACGUACACCACGGUCGAGCCCGCGCCGGACCCAGACGCAAGAGUGCAGUGCGAGUUCUUUGGCGCGCACGGAUACGUGGUGAUGAACUAG